AUGAAGCCCGGGGCCUGCUGGUUGGCGGCGGCAGCCCUGCUGCUGGUCGCUUCCUCCGCCGAUGCUCUGGCUUGGCGCCUGUUUGCCGGCAGGGAGGAGUGCAUAACUGAGAUCAUGCCCGAUUAUCAGUGGGAGAUGGUGAAGAACAAGGAGCAGACGCCAGAGCACACGCACGUGCUUGUGGACCUGGGCUUUGUGAUCACCAGCCGGUAUGGCACAGAGGCCAACAAGGCCGCCGUGGACUUCAAUGUGUACGGCCCCACCGGCAACAGCGUGCACAAGGAGGAUGCCGUGAGCGAGACGGAGAUAGCAGGCAAGCCGCACACGAUGACUGCCGAGGGCGGGCAGGGUCCCUGGCGGGCGUGCUUCCGCGUCAGCAAAGGCCAGAUCCUGCGGCCGUCUGUGAUUGUGAAGAUCAGCUACUUCACCGUGAACAGCAUGUCGCUGGUGGGCACCAGCUUCGAGUGGCAGCGCAACGCCGCGGCCGGUGGCGAGUCGCCGCCGGCUCUCGACCCAAAGCACCUUGGCACCGUGGAGCAGGUGGAGGAGGUGACGCAGGGGCUGCAGCGGCUGGACUAUUACCUCAUGAACGUGACCAACGAGCAGCGGUACCUAUACGCCCGCACCGUGCGCCACCUGCGCACCGCGCAGAGCACCCACGCGCGCGCGCUGGGCUACAUGCUCCUCAUCUGCGGCACCAUUGUGCUGGCCAGCUUUGUACAGGUCAUGGGUGUGCGGAUGAUGUUCAAGAGCAACCGCCGACUGAUCAUAUAG